CCGGGCAAGAGGGCGGGACUGGAGCGGCCAGUUGACGGUUGACCGGUUUUAACUAGGUUCGAGCCACGUCGCGUGCUGCCUCGCGAUGUCCGCUGCUGGCCCUGUGUGGCGGAGACUCGGAGUCCUGCGGGCGCUGUGGGCACUGCUGGCGGUGCUGUUAGCCCCGUGGAGACUGUGGGCGAGGAUAGAGGAUACCCCACCGUGCAGCUGGCAUGUUGUCCUAAGCAAAGUUGAGACCGUAGGCAACUUCAGUGGAAGCUAUCGCUUCUUCUAUGAAGAGACCCUUGCAGUCAUGGACAUGCUGUUCAGAUUAUGGGUGAUAGGACCUCUCCAUGCCGACGAGAAAUACCUGGGCUUCCCUUACUACCUGAAGAUCAAUUACUCCUGCGAGAGAGAGGUCUCCAAGGCCCUGGUCUUCAAGGGCCACCUGACAGGGCUGAAGCCCUCCGUGCUGGUCACCUUCCAGUCUCCUGUCAACUUUUAUCGCUGGAAGAUGGAGCAACUGCAGAUCCAGAUGGAGGCAGCGCCCUUCCACCACAGAGGAGAGUCAUGCGACAACAACACGUUCUUGUGUGACAUGAGCUGGUAUGUGCCCAUGCCCAUCAGGAAUGGCAGCGUGGUCAUGAACGUGGAUGUCAGCAGCAACGGCCUAGGGCCCUUCAUUCCUGAUAAAAGGUUCCCCAUAAACAUCAAUGGCUUCCUGCAGAGAAACAAAGACCAAAUGCUUCACUUCGUUUUGGGCAAUGAGAUCAAACUUGAGCCCCGAUACUUCGUGAAUGCCUCCUCAAGGCCCCUGUGGUACACCGUGGACCAGGCACCCGUGCUAAUCCUGGGUGGCAUUCCUGAGCAGAAGUCUGUCCUUCUCACUGAUAACAACUUCAAUGACGUCUUUCUUGUGGAGUUGGGCAUUGACAGUUGCUGGGUUGGCGCCUUCUACUGCCCCCACACCGCCUUCACAGCCACCAUCUAUGACACCAUCGCCACCGAGAGCACCCUCUUCAUUCGGCAGAACCAGCUCGUGUACUACUUCACUGGCACCUACAGCACGCUCCACGAAAGCAACCAGGGCAGCGGGAGCUGGGUGCGCAUCCUCGCUAAUGAGUGCAUCAAGAAGCUGUGCCCCGUGUAUUUCCAUAGCAACGGCUCUGAGUACAUCAUGGCCCUCAGCGCUGGCAAGCAUGAAGGUUACAUCCACUUGGGGACGAUCACAGAGGGCCGUGUGUCCUUCCAGUUGAUACCCAAGGAGAGGAGUGUGUGCGAAGGGCUAAAAGUUCACAACUGCUCCAUACUUUGGGCUGUAUACUCUGACAUCAACGAGAAACUACUGCUGUUGUUGGAAACUAACAACUAUACCACUACCAACGAUUUCGUAGUGGCCAGCUACAGCAUGGCCAGUGAUAACGUGUCUGCCCUCUACAGCAUUCCGCCAUUCAUACCUGACGCUCAGGACCUGGAUUUCCUGAUCCUGGGGACGGUGUCUUACACCACCUUCCCCAUGGUUCCCAAGGGCAUGUUCUACAAUCCGUACAACCACCUGCUUUUCGUCUGGGGUAACUUCCUCCUGGAGAGCUAUAACAAUAAGGACUUCAUCUACCUGGCCGACUUCCCCAAGGAGCAGUCCAUCAAGUACAUGGUCAACUCAUUCCACGGGGACAUGGCUAUUGUCACAGAGACCGAGGAGAUCUGGUACCUGCUGGAGGGCACCUACAAGUUGUUCAAGCUGUUCCCCUCUAGAGGCUGGGAGAUGUAUGUCCAUCUCCAAGUGAUCUCCCCUCUCUAUGCUCGCCAAGAGACCAUGGUCACCCUCUUCUACGAAAACAGAAAACUGUACCAGCUGGUGUACCUUGUGAACAAACAGCGGAGCUGGCUAGUCAAGAGGCCUAUACCUGUGGCGCAGCUUCUGAACUACCAGCAGCUGCAAAACCCGCACGUCCUGAAGCGGAAAGGGGGCCACCUGACACUGUCCUUCGCCUCCUUGUGCCCCUUCACCGUCAUGCGCCUGCUAGCCCUGCCCAACCCGCAGCGCUACACGCGCCUGGAGCACUACCAGGCGCAGCCGCCGCGGGUCCUGGAUCCCCUGGGCUUCCACAGCGCGCCCUCGCUCAUGGUCUACCAGGGCCUCGUCUACUACCUGCUCUGGAUGCACUCCAAAUACGACAAGCCUUACGCGGACCGGAGGCACGACGCCACCUGGUACUGGUGGAAGAACAAGUUGGACUUCUGGGAUUACCACUUCUACCUGGCGAGCAACAAGAAGAUGCCCAAUAAAGUGCACAUCGACACGAUCGGCUACGAGAAGGUCUACGACCUCAAGGCCCAGCACCAGCUGCCCGAGCGCAUUUUCCUGGACAAGGGCACCAGCUACAGCUUCUCGGUGGUGCUGACCACCAGCCAGGAGGCCUUCCCGGCCAACCUGGACACCUCGGUGGACCUGGCGGUGGUGCUGGCCCACCCGGCCUGCAUCGAGGCGGGGGUGAAUCGGAGGUACCUUGUUAAUCGCAAUUCGGUGCUUUUUGAGGUCACGUUCAGUGACAGGAGGGUGUGCGUUGAGCAGGGCAUCAGCGGACACCACGUGAAGAAGACCUCCAUGCUGGCCAGGGUGGUGGGCUCCUCCGGGCACUGCUUCCAGAACACGCCCCACGGGCCCAGGAUGCAGGGCAACCUGAUGCUGCCCAUACUAAUCGGCUGCCCACCGGGCAAGCGUCUGGCCUUCGACAUCUCCUACACGCUGCAGUACAACCGCCAUCAAAACAAAAAGUAUUUCGAUUGCGUGAACCCCGACCCUGAGAUGCCCUGCUUCAUCUUCCGCGACAUCUUCUACCCUUUCUUCUUGAUCCAAGAUUUGGUGACGGGAGAGUCUGGCAGUUUUCAGGGCAGCUACGUGCUGAAGGUGGUGGGCGGCGGGCCCACGAUCAACAACAUCACGGACUACAGCGAGGAGGAGAUCUACCGCUACAACAGCCCCCUGGACAAGUCCCACAGCCUCAUCUGGACCUCCACAAAGAACAAAACCACCACCGACGACAUGGCCUUCACCAUCAUGUCUCAUAAGAACCCUGGCAUGCAGUGGCUGUGUCGGGAGAAUUCUCCAUGCCAUGACACCGUUCCCAAUAGCAUCUACGCGCCAGAAUUCUUCUUCAAGAUAUUAGUAAGCAAUAGAGGUGUGGACAAGAGCACAUACUGUGACUACCAGCUCAUUUUCCUACUGCAUAUCCAUGGGCUCCCACUCAGUAACUGGCGGGCCCUCCUCAUCUUCCUGGUGUCAACCGGUAUAUUUGUCGGCCUGCUGAUCCUCUACGUCAUCUACAUAUGCGUCUUGUUGCCCCUUAUGGUGAAGGCCUGCAGCUUCCUUCGCUGGAAAAUCAACAACCUCAUUACCUCAGAAUCCUUCUACACCUACACCUCCUCUUCCAGAAAAUUAUAUAUGUCCUCUAGGUCCAGAUCUAGGUUAAGCUAUAGCAACACCCAAGUUAUCCCCAGGAUGCCACAGCAGAGCCAGCCUGAGAAAACUGUGAAGGUGAUGUAGCUUACCUGGGCCUCCUGCAUUAACCCACAACCACCCUCAUCCCUCAUUUCCCCAGACCAUCUUAGAAAUGUAACCAGCAACGCAUCUCAUGCCUUUCUUUCUAUUUUGAUUGAAUUUGCACUCCUUCAGAUACAAGUGAGGCCUCACGCAGGUCCAGCUAUGGGUACAUGUAUAGUUAGUUUGUACAACACAGCUGCAUAGGUCAUUACAAUAUGGAGAUCCUUCUGUGACAGAUGGCAAAGAGCAGCUUCUCUAUGUGCUUGUCCCCGAGCUACUCCCCAGCAUGCCCCUCGCCUCCCUAAAGACCAGCAGGGCCUCCAUGAUUCAGGCCCAUUGCUUUGGCCUGCAGUCUAUUCUGAUUGUCAGAGCCCAGGUUUAGUACCAGUCAUUAAAUAUUUUGAAUGUCAACAUCUAUCUAGUGUGUGGCUUAAGGAGAGGACUCUGGAAAAGUUAAGAUUUUGGUUUUCGUUGCAAGUAGCAAAAAUUUCACUCAAAGGAUCCAAAUGGAAGUGGUAGUUUAUGGACUUUGUUAAUGUGGGCUUCAGGUACAGUUUGAUCCAGAAUACCUCAAUGUGCAUAGGAUUCUGGCUUCAUUUUUUCUGUUCUUUCCCUGCUCUGCCUUCUGAGUAUAACUAGAGGUUAAUUGCAAUCCCCAAGGUAACCACUAAGAUAAUAAAAAAUAUGCAGAAGGAAACAAAGGAAUAAAAAUCAUACACUACAAAUAAUCAAUUAGAUUUUUUUAAAAAAGUAGCAAUGGAGGAAUUGAGGGCCAAAAACAUACAGAAAGCAAAUAGCUAAGUGAUACUAGUAAAGUCCUUAUUAUUAAUAAUUUCUUAAAAGUUAAUGGGUUAAAGUAUCAUGAAAAGGCAGAGAUUGUCAGGUUGGAUUUCAAAACCGGAUCCAUCUCUCCCACGUGCUGUCCAUAAGCGACUCACUUUAAGACAUGUUAAAAA